GGUUGGGUGGGCGAGCCUAUCCAAAGUAAGAGAGAGGAGAGAGAGAGACUGAUCAGGGUCCUAUAAUUCAGUGGCCUUUCUUCGUUCCAUCCAGGGCCUGGAGUGACUAAAUUGAAGCGCAACCAACGAUUGCAAGUCCAUUUAAAAAGAUCAUGGCCAUGAAGGAAGUUUCUAGCAACAAAUGCUGUGGAGGUUUUCAGAAAGUGUUUGAACAUGACAGUGUGGAGCUGAAAUGUAAAAUGAAGUUUGGGAUUUAUUUACCGCCAAAGGCAGUAACUGAGAAAUGUCCUGUGUUGUAUUGGCUAUCAGGAUUAACAUGUACGGAACAAAACUUCAUAACCAAAGCUGCCUUCCAUCAAGCUGCAGCUGAUCAUGGCCUUAUUGUAGUUGCUCCAGAUACCAGUCCACGUGGAUGCAACAUUCAAGGAGAAGACGAGAGCUGGGAUUUUGGCACUGGAGCCGGUUUUUAUGUAGAUGCCACAGAAGAAUUAUGGAAAACAAAUUAUCGCAUGUAUUCUUACAUAAAAGAUGAGUUACCUAGUCUGAUCAAUGCCAAUUUCCCAGUUGAUUCUGGAAGGAUGUCAAUUUCAGGCCAUUCCAUGGGAGGCCAUGGGGCUCUCAUCCUUGCUCUAAAGAAUCCUGGAAAAUAUAAAUCUGUUUCAGCAUUUGCUCCAAUCUGCAACCCAAUGCAGUGUCCAUGGGGGAAAAAGGCUUUUAGUGGAUAUCUAGGAUCAAACACAACAAAUUGGGAAGCCUAUGAUGCCACACACAUUGCAAAAUCUUACCAAGGCUCUCCUCUGGAUAUUCUAAUAGACCAAGGCAAAGAUGAUCAGUUCCUUACAGCAGGACAGUUGCUACCCGAUAAUUUCAUUGCUGCUUGCACAGAACGGAAAAUCCCAGUCGUUUUUAGGUUGCAGCAGGGCUACGAUCACAGUUACUACUUUAUCACAACGUUCAUUAAUGACCAUAUCAGGCACCAUGCCAAAUACCUCAAUGCUUGACUGAGUCUAGCUAUGGGAAUGUCUGACAGUGAAAAACCUUGAAGGAGAUCAGUGGAAAUAAACAACAAAAGCUCUGCCUGUGAUUACUAUUUCUGCAAACUGCAAUGAAGUCCUGAUUUGAUGAUUCAAAACAAAUAUUUUUAAUAUAUAUGUCUAACUUGAAAUUAGACAUCACUCUUUCAAAUAACACAAAGCAAUAAAGGCUGCAAUU